GACCAGACCAGGGCUAAUGAAAGUGGUGAGGCGUCUGCAGCCAGUCUGCGCCCGCGACAGUUGCUGGAGUACUUUCCCGCGCGCCGCACGCGCACCGCACCUCGCUCGUAAACGCCCACAAUUACGUGAUCCCAUUUAAAGCCAUUCCUAUUCUAAGUGUGAAAACUACAUCAAUUGAGCAAUCCUUUGUUUUAUUCGACGAGGUUUAUAUUUGUGCAAUCCUUAAAGUGUGCAUAGCGGAAGCAGGGGGUGAACGGUAAAGAUCAGCUGAUUGUAUACUUAGGCAAAUGAGAUGAUAAGGCUGCACCUGACGGACCGACACCUACGUGUGAUGCUGUGGUGUAUCCUGCUGGGACUGCAGCCAGCCUUCGGUGGCAUAUUGGACCCGUUCAACUGGGCGAGAUCAGACAGAAUUGAAGUUAACAUCCCUUGGUUGCCAUUCGAAAACGAAACGAGAUGCUACGACGAGCUUGGUUGCCUGAACAUCACAAGGAGUUGGUACCACCUUAUCCACCGGCCCUUCAAUGUGUUCCCGCUUCCUAGAGUCGUUAUAAACACAAGGUUUAUUUUAUACACAAAGAAAAAUCCCACCGACGGUCAAAUACUGAACGUGAACGUCAACAAGACUAUAGUGAAAUCCAACUUCAGCCCGCGACGGCUCACUAAGAUGAUCAUACAUGGUUUCAUCGACACGCCUCUGUCCAACUGGGUCAGUGAGAUGAAGGACGAGCUGGUGAAGGCGGGCGACUUCAACGUGGUGGUGGUGGACUGGGCGGGCGGCAGUCUACCGCUGUACACGCAAGCUACCGCCAACACCAGACUAGUCGGCUUGGAGGUAGCACACUUCGUCAACACGCUACAGAAAGACCACGGUUUGAAUCCCCUCGACGUACACAUCAUAGGCCACUCGCUGGGUGCCCACACGGCGGGUUACGCCGGGGAAAGGAUACAAGGCUUAGGAAGGAUAACAGGCCUGGACCCGGCCGAACCAUAUUUCCAAGGAAUGCCGACCAAUGUACGUCUGGACCCUACCGACGCGGAGUUCGUAGACGUCAUACACACAGAUGGAAAAAGCAUUUUCCUUUUAGACUUUGUGUUUAUGGCAGGAUAUGGGAUGUCGCAACCCGUGGGCCACUUGGACUUUUACCCAAACAAUGGGAAGGAACAGCCGGGUUGUGACCUCACUGAGGGCCCGCUGGUGCCCCUCACGUUGGUCAAACAGGGCCUGGAAGAGGCCUCGAGGGUGCUAGUGGCUUGCAAUCAUGUUCGAGCUAUUAAACUUUUCACGGAAUCUAUCAACGGGAAGUGUUCCUAUAUAGGACAUCAGUGUCCGUCGUACCAACAUUUUCUUGAUGGAAAAUGUUUCCAUUGCGGCCACGGAUGUGCGAUCAUGGGUUUCCACGCCGACAGUUCUCCAGGUUUGAUAACGAACAAAAACAACCAGUCAGAGAACGAAGUGUACCCGUCAGAGGAACAAGAGACUAUCGGGGCUAGGUACUAUCUCAACACUGGUAAAGAACAACCAUUUUGCCAACGCCAUUACAGGAUCGCUAUACAGUUAGCUAAUCCCAAAGGAGCAGAGUCUUGGGUUCAGGGUUUCUUAAAAGUGACGUUACUAUCUGAUCGUGGAGUAAUUAGAGGGAUGGAUUUAACCCCAAGUAAUUACGUCAAAUUAGAACACGGGACGUCAUUCACAGUGGUUGUCACACACCCAAUGGAUUUGGGUGGCAAAGUUAGGAAGGUGGAAUUAUCAUGGGAAUACGACAUGAAUGUGCUGGAGCCGCGGUCUCUCUGCAUUCUGUGGUGCAACGACCGCCUGUACGUCAAGUCAGUGCUGGUCGACCAGAUGGAACUGCCUAGCAGAGGAAAACGCAACGUAGACUUUAGCAGCAAGCUCUGCACACCAAAGCGCGAAUUCGCCGAGAUCCCCAACCGGGGCUCAGCCAGUUUCUACGACAACUGCGGCAGGUAGCGGCGCCGUGUCCGCGCGUCGGCUUUAGUUUCCACCGGCCGCACACUAAGUGCCACACUGCUACUUCUCUACACGACAUUGGCACUACGUGUGUGUCUGGCACCGAACGUGAAAGAGACUGUGUAGUGUAUGGCAGCGGAACGUGACGUUUGAAAGGUAAAGCCGCUGCCGUGCGAAAAACGCGUCUGAGUACCUACACUGAAACCCAGUCUAACUAUGGUUCUUAAAGACCUGCCAAGCGUAUCUCAUCAUACCAGCCGGAAGACGUUCUCUACUUCACAGAGAUCAUGCUGAAGAAUAUCCACAGUUCCUGGCCGUACGCUGCUUUCAAUCAACUAGAUCGGUCUAUUUUAGGGGAAUUUCCACGUUGUCUCUUGUAUCUAUGAUAUGUCCGGAAGAAAGGCGAUAUCUCACCGAUACCAAACACGUUUGAACGUCACAAAAAUUAAAAUAGUGAAACAUUUAGUGAUUUGGAUGGUUCGGGGAGUAAGGAACCAGUGACUGUGAAACCCAGUGAUGAUUAUACAGGUGACGUGAGAUUCUGUACCUAAAUUAUAAACUUGUUGACGUUAAUGUUUAAGGCGCUGUCGAAUACUCGUUUAAAAUAAAUAUAGUUUAGGUAUUGAAGUAAACAAGUUUCAAAAGUAUAUGUGGCCAAUUUUGAUAUUAUUAAACAAAAAGUAUAAAAAUAUAUAUAUUCUCGUCUUUCGAUCCUAUAAUUCUGUUAUUUAUUGAGGGUUUAUGAUUUUUUUCUUGUGGUUGUUGUAAAUAUGAUAAUGUUAAGUUUGUUAAAAAAGUAUACACUGUAUCUAUAGGCAUUUAUACAAAGUAAGUCUGAACAAAUUUUAUUUAUUUAAAGGUGAUUUUAUACUUGCCGAAUAAAAUUUCUAAAACCUA